UUUCACAGAUGUGGUGGGCCUACAACCCAGACUUCCAAAGCCGCAGGCCACUGUGGCUCACACUGACUUCUCUCUCCCAACACCCCCUGAGUCAGUAUCUACAAGGAAGGACAAGCUUCUGGAAGAAGCUGGUUCUUGAGUUAAGCUAUGAACAGCUGUUCUCUGUAAUAGAACCACAGGCUGGAAAGGCCCUUAGAGAUGAUCUCCAAACUGGGCCAUUUUACAGAGAGGAAAACCAAGGUCCAGGGAGGGAAGGGGACUUUCUCAGGUUGUGUGGCAAGUGAGUGGCAAAGGGAAUCCCGGUCUCCUGAUUCUCACCCCAAGUUGUGAAUCUGUAGCUUGCCCCUCCCCACCCACCGAGCAGCAUCUGUGUCCCCUAGUUCCAUUGGGACUGUUUGCCUCCUUGUGGGUGUUUCACUGUUGCCUCUGUCUCUGCUCUCGAUGGAGAUGAAGAGGAAGGUCGGACCCUCCAGAGGUCCUGCAGAGGUCCCGGUGAGUCCUGUUCAGAUCCCCUGGUGACGCCGUGCUUCACGGUCUGGCUCCCAGACCUCCCUGUUCAUACCUGAGUUUAACCAAGUGCGGCCAACGCUUGACCAGACGGAGAGCAGGGAACUGGAGCUCCAAGAAGAGCAGGGAGAACACAGACUGGAGACAGAGGGGGCGGAGAAGAGGGGCUGGAAAUGGGCAGGAACUGAUCACCCACCACACACCAGGGCUCUGCAGGGCAAUCACGGUAUCUCACUUAUUCUCACAACCCCACAAGUCAGGGAUGUUAUCCCUGUUUUAUGAAUGAAAACACUGAGGCCUCGAGAAGUGGCUCAAUUUGUCAAGCCGCUCAGAGGUGAAGUUGAAGUUAAAAUGCAGGUCUGCCCGACCCCACAGGCCUUGCUGGGUCACGAGCUCCUAGACAUGCACUGCGUCCCAACACUGUCAAGCGUUCUCAACAGCCACCCAGAAGGAGCUGAAAUUUCUCUUCUGAGGGCCCAAAUCAGCAAGGUCAAAGUUAACUGGGAUCAAUACAGAGUCCUGCACUUAAUUUCAAGAAGCCAUUUGCACAAGUGCAGAAUGGAGUCGUUAUUGGCCAUCCUAACAUUGUCACCACUCAGUGCUGCUGCCGCUGCCUUGUAUUUCCAUAGCACUUUGCAGUUUAUAAAGCCCCUUCACUUGCUGGUCCUAGGGCUUUGACUGGCCAUAAACAAGCGUAAGAAUAAGUCUGAAGUGGGGGUGUCUAUCACUAGGGUGUCUAUAAGCCAUGUGCUUGGCUGCCUGGGAGGCUAAUGAGCUAUGCGUUUGCAUUAAUCCAGUGUGAUAUCAACAGAUUCUGUGCAGAGCCACUCUGCUGAAUAUAUUAUACACUUCAUCUCAUUUAAUUCUCACAGCCACCCUAUGGAGUUGUGACUAUUAUAAUUCCUGUUUUAUAGAUCAGAAGACCAGAAAGUGAAGAAAGUUGGCCAAGGCCACACUGCUAAAGGAAGAGUAACUGGGCCCAUCCAAAAGGCAGUCUGCACCCGGAACUCGGUACCCAGGAGAUCACCUCUGAAGAGGUGCAGAGGUGCUCCACCUGCAGAGGAGCCUGUGACCUGGUGGCUUUAGGUGGCGGCAUUACUGGAUCAAGAUGACUACGGCCACCCCUUUGGGGGACACCACCUUCUUCUCGCUGAACAUGACCACCAGGGGUGAAGACUUUCUAUAUAAGAGUUCUGGAGCCAUCGUUGCUGCCAUCGUGGUCGUUGUCAUCAUCAUCUUCGCCGUGGUUCUGAUCCUGCUGAAGAUGUACAACAGGAAAAUGAGGAUGAGGCGGGAGCUGGAGCCCAAGGGCCCCAAGCCAGCUGCCCCUUCUGCCCUGGGCCCAAAUGGCAACAGCAGCCAGCAGCCUGCAACUGUGACCUUCAGCCCUAUUGACGUUCACGUGGAGACUCGGUGACCUCUACCCUGGUGCUAUCUCCGCCACUGUCCAAAGAACCUUCUCCAGAGGGAAGAUCCAGAAGCACACUUCUCUGGCAGCUUCACUUUGAGUUGCUUCUGGUUAGGUCGACAGAGGCAUCUUUUAUGCAAUCUCUGAUGCUUCAGGCAAUCCUCCACCUCCUCUGCCCUGCCCCACCCCAACUAUGUCCAUAUCCCUGCUGCUACCCUACCAAAAAGCUGCAGAAUAUUCUUUUGUCAUCUGAUGAGGUACAGCUAUGUUGGGAAUCCACUAAUGUGGGUUUGGCUCUCUCCCCACAAGACUAUAGCUAGACAGACAGACAGACAAACAGGCAUAGAGCCACGAGUCUUCUGGUCAUAGGUCAGGGGUCAGGAAAUGCUUCUGAGAGUGUCCCAAUAGGAUCUGCCACUGGGAUCAUAUCAGAUUAAAUGCCAUAUCCAUAGCUUGGCAGAGCAAGAUAUUCAAUCCCAUAAUGAGGCACAAGGAAACUAACUUGGACUAACUAACCAGAAAACCAACUUGUUAAUUUAUGACUUGUCCCAGUACUAGAGGCCCACUAGCUAGCUUGUGACAACUGGUCAGCACAUUGUUCCCUCUUUAAGAAAGCUUAGGGGAGUGGAGGUAGCAAAAAAAAAAAAAAAAGAAAGCUUACAAGAAAAAGUGAAUUCAUCUCAAAAGGUUUCUGCUUUGUCAGGAAAAGGAACAGGCGACCUUGAGGAAUAGCAGCCUCUAGGAUAAGAGCUUGUUGCAUUGCCCAUGGGCCCAGAACAAUCCUGGUGGCUGGUCAGGGUUCCCACUACAGGGUGGACCAACCCUCAGUCUCAUUUCUUUGUUCCCCUGUAUCUGGAUUCUAAGCCACCUUGACUGUAACACCUUAUCUCUGAGGGCGGGUGUUUGGAGAUUGAUUAGAUUAUGUUUCCUGUGUCCUUCCUGGUCACUUUGUAAAGAGUCAAGGCGUAAUCAAAGUACCACAUUCACAAACCAUUUCUCUGUAGGGAGCUGAUCUCUGACUGCUUAGCCUGGAGUACAAUCUACUACUGAGAAGGGAAAGUACCUUGGAAUUAAGAAGACCUGCCAUCCAAGCCCUACUUCUGGUUAUGUGGUCUUGGAAAAGUGACUCAAUCUCUCCACAUUCAGUUUCCUAACCACGACAUGGAAAUGACAACAUCUGCCUUGCUAGGUUAUUAUAACAAGCCAAGGACUUAGUAAAGCAGCUUGAACAUAGUGCCUGGCACCCAGUAGAUGCUUGAUAAAUGGGAGCCAGCAUUAUUAUUAUGGGUUUUCUUCAAUUGCAAGAUAUACAUUUGUUCAUGUUUUAAUGAUUCUGAAACCAGAAUGUUUUACAAUUGAUGGAUCUGUUAGUAUAAUUAUAUUUUUUUCUUCCCUCUCAAAAUUGUUUUUAAUCAAUUGUGUAUCUUACAAUUGAUGGCAUCUAGGAAACAAGGUAAUAAACCUUUAUUCUGUUACAGAAAGUAACACUCUGACAUGUAACCUCAAAUUCUAGAAGUCUCUCUCUUGGAGUCAGAAAUCCCUUUUGAGGGGAAAUUGAGAGCCAGGGAGGUAAGAGGUCUAACCCAGGGCCACACAGCUCAUGUCGUCCCACUGUAAGAACAUUCAGUGGAAUAACUGGAGAAAUACUGGCAAAUUCUUCCUCCCCAGCCAUCAUUGCUUCCUACUGUUUAAAUAUCCCCCAAAUACCAGGCACUUUGCUAGUUGCUUCCACAUAAGUUGUCUCAUAGGAUUUAAUUUUCCCAUUAACUCUCGGGAGAGAGUUUCCAUUUGCAGAUGAAAAUUUCUGACUCAAAGAGAAAAGAGAAAAAAAAAUUACCAGGCAAAAUCACACAACUAGUAAGUUGCAAAGACAGAACUCAAAACCAGGUCUCUUGACUCCAAAGUCCAUCUUUUUGUUAUAUCAUAUUCCCCUCGGCCACCCUGGCUCAAAGAAGCCCAUAUUCUUUUGUGAGUUGAAAAAGAAGAAGACAGGCUAGUGUAUGUGUUUGAGUGGAAGUCAGGGGUCUAGCCCAAGCCGCAAGUGAGGGCAAAAGCCCCUUUGGUAGCCUCUUUCAGGCUUCCACGAUCAUAGCCAAAGGAGCCCUUUCUCAACCCACCCAAGCUCUAAGGAUUCCUACUUCAUUCACCCUACCACAUAGGCCCAAGGAGCAAGGGUGGAAUGGCAUACAACCAGGGCAAAGCCAUUUCUUUGAGGACUCAAGCCCCAAGCAGAUAUGCUCCCCUACGCAUACUGCUUUAAAAAAAAAAUUGGAAUAUUUCACCUCUAAAACUACAGUCUUCUACCCACUAUAGAAUUUUCCGGCAGUUGUCCUCUAGUAUAUGUUCUUUUGCUAAAUGAAGGCUUGGAAAUGGAGGAAAGAGGGGGAGACAGAGUGGUGAGGGGGAGGCAAAUAAAAGGAUUUUCAUAUUUUGUUUUUGACCCAUGAAGAUAAUUCAAUAAAUAUCCUCUAAGAAGGG